CAUUGUAUAGACGAAGGCCCAAGAUAUACAGAGGACACGGGCAGAACCAGAGUGAGAAGCGUGAUCCAUCUGAAACAACAGUGCACCAUGAAGAGGAACUGACUGCUUUAUAUGUAGGUUUGGAAACACACGAUAAAGCCAGGAUGAAUGUGAAAAGGAAGGAGAUGGAUUUCUUGAGCAACACUAUUGCUGCUUAUGCUCACAUUAAAGCAAAUCCAGAGAGUUUCGGCCUUUACUUCGUCAUCGGCGUCUGUUUUGGCCUGGUGCUCACUCUCUGCCUCCUGGUCAUCCGGAUUUCCUGCAAGCCUCGUGCCACUACGGCACCCUCCACACCGGAGAAAAAACAGCUGAAAGACUACAGUGAGGAGGAAGAGGAAGACGAGGAGAGCGAUGAUGAUGAGGAGGAGGAAGAUGCAGGAGGCCUGGAGUCCUCGGUCCGACACAGCACCACAGAGAUCCCCAUGAGCAACCACCUCAUCACGCCGGAUGGGACUCUGAGCAGGAACGUGUUCACCUCAGCCGAGGAGCUGGAGCGGGCACAGCGAUUGGAGGAAAGGGAGAGGAUCAUCAGGGAAAUCUGGAGAAAUGGACAGCCGGAUAUCCUGGGAACAGGCACGGGCACUAUUGGAAGAGUGCACUACUAUUAAUGCUCCCAGAGACUCCUGGACAUAAACUCAAGCCAUUUCACUGCUUGAGUGCAGUACUUUUAAAGACUGUUAACGGAUGGUGUUUCCAUUAUAUAUUUUUUAUAUGUUGGACUGAUGUUAUUGUAAUCCUACAGACCAUGGGUACAGCUGUUUUGUAUGCAACAUUUGGACUGGGAAAGUUGCUAUCGGUCCCCAAGUCACGGUGCUUAUUGAAAAGUCAUUCCGACUUUAUUGUUGAUGUUUAAAAAAAUAUUUGUGAAUUGUAGCUGAUAAUUAGAAGCUCACAGAAAGCAAAUGCACUUUUGCACUAUGCCAUUUAUUGUUUUUCUGCUAUUUUUUUGUCAUAAAAAAAAAAAUCCCCCAUGUAAGUCACAUCAAGCCUUAACUCAAAGAUUAUAAAGCCACACAUAGCUAAAGAAUGCACAGAUAUUAAAAUUCAACAUCGACAAGAUAAUUAUUUUCAUGAUUUACUAUUUUGUCUAAAUAAAAAUAAAAUAAAACAUU